CUCUGUACCAAAACACGGAACUGGCGCGAGCAUUUGAAAAAGACAAGGCAUUUGAUCGUGUUUUCGCUUUUACGAGGAUCUCAAUGGAUUCCGAAGACAAUGAACGUGUUUUACUUCUUAAGGAAAAGCUGAUGAGUUUAUCUGAAGAACUUGCUCAGUGCCAGGCAGACAAGGAGUUUGUGUGGUCACUUUGGAAGCGGCUUCAGGUGGCCAGUCCUGAUCUCACCCAGGCUGUGAGUCUUGCUGUGGAAAGAGAGAAGCAGAAGGCUGAGAACAAGGACAGAAAAGUUCUGGAGAUCCUUCAAGCAAAAGACUACAGGAUCCAAGAGCUGGAGCAGAAAGUGACGGCAGAAGAGCAGGAGAUAAACAAGCGAGUCCAGCAGUUGCGUGGCAGUGAAGAGGAGUGCACUCUAAUGAAGAAAGAACUGGCAGCUCUGCAGCACAGACUGGGGAAUAAGAGUCGACAACUUAAGGAAGCGAGGAGGCAAGCGCAGGAGUGUGAGGAGGAGGGCAGGCGUGCCCUACAGGAAGCCAGGCAACAAUUAGAUGCUCAGCACUCGGCCUCUCAGGCAGAGCUGGAGAGAUUGCGGGACCAAGAGGCCGUCAGCAGUUCCAGAGUCAAGAAUUUGGAAGAGGAAGUGUUCAGAAGCAGACAGGAUUUGCUAGAGGCUCAGAGCCGCUCAACUGCUUUGUCCCUUCAGCUAUCCUCAGUAGAACGAGAAAGAGCUGACAACGAACAACAACUCUGUCAAAUCAAGCGUGAGCUCCAGGACCUGCAGUGUCUGUACAAGCAGAGCGUAGAACAUGCAGGAGAACAGGCCCAUCUUAUUCAGCAGCUGGAGGGUCUUAACCUGGACACGCAAAGAGUCCUGCGCAGCCAGGAGGAGGCCCACACAGCGGACACCGUCUCUUACCAGAAGCUCUACAGCGAGCUGAGCGUGUCAUACCAGGCCCUUUGGCACAGCCAGGAACAGCUCCACCAGCGGGAAGCAGCCCUCAGCAUGCAGCUCAGCCAGAGAGAUCAGCAGAUCCAAGAACUCCAGGCACAGCUGCAGAGUUUCACAGCAGCCGCGGGGCACUGUGAGGACUCUGGGUCUCCAGGUGGCAGCAGCAGUGACGGAGCUGACAGUCUGGAGAAAAGGAUUCAGCAACUGCAGGAAUUACUCGCUUUUAAGACUCAGGAGAAUGAGGAUCUUCGGAAAGCCCAUGCCAAACAUCAUGAUCGUUUACGCGUUAUUCAGACCAACUACAAAACAGUGACAGAGCGACUGAAAGAAGCUGAAGAUACUCAUGACUUGGUGAAGCACAAAGUACAAUUUCCACAGGACAAUGAGGGUUUAUGGAAAGAACUGUUUUUCUAUAAGGAGGAGAACAGGAAGCUACUCGCUGACAAAGCUAAUAUGGAGGAGGAACUAAACGCAGCCCUGGACAGAAUUGCAGCACAGGAGAUCCAAGAGGAUCGGCGGGAGGCAGCGCAAGCAGAGCUUCUGUUUCGGGAAGUGGCGGAGGAGGAGGUCACAAGGAGCAGCACCCCCAUCAAGACAACCAUGCGAAGAGUGGAAGAGACUUUUAAGAAGAUCGAGCAGCUACAAAGUCAAAUGGUCUCUCUGGAGAGUGAGAUUUUGCGGUUACGAGAAGACAACCGGGCACUGGCCGGUGAACGGGGUGAUCUGCAGGCCAGGGUUCAGAUGCUGCAGCAAAGCAAGGAGGCAGAAGAGGCCCGGGCCAAAGACGAACGCAACCGACUGAUUUCCCAGAUGCAGAGCUUUGAGAGAGAGGCAAAGGAGGCUGCGAAAGCUGCUGCCCAGGCCAGACGCAGGCUGCUCAAGCUUCGACAGGAACUGGGCGUCCUCCGAGCAGAGAGAGAUUUCCAUCGGUCCUCUGCUAGACGCAAGGUGAACAACAAAGCCCCCAGGGUGGAUGCCUCCAGCAGAACACACGUGCUUUCGACAGAGAACAGGAUGGACAGUCCCGCCAAGGACGACUGGGAGGACAUGAGCGCAGACAGUGAGAGUGAAGAUUUCUCUGACAGCCUGGAAAGUCGAUAUUCUGCUCGGACUCGUCAAGCUUCUCGAAAAUCGAAGGGCUGCAGGUACAUGCUGAUCUGCCCUAUAGACAGACCUAGAGAGGAAUCUCAAACCAGAAACAUCCAAUUCCAAGGUGCCUCAAUGCAGAAGAUGAGGAGGAGAAAAACAUCAAAGCCCCAUUCUGCUUUACGACAGCAUCUUCUGUCCCUCCAGCAGCAAGUGGCAGCACUACAGGCAGACAGACAAGCAGCACAGCAGCUUGCAACUGAGCAUAACCACCGACAAGUCCAAACACAAGUGCAGAUUGACUCUCUUCUCCAGCAACUCAAUGCUAGCAAGCAGCUUUCAAAGAAGCAGGCAUGCGAGUUGGCUGGUCUGGAGCAGCAGAAAGCAUCUUUGCAGAUGGAGUUAGAGCAGUGGAGACGUAUACGGCAGCAGACGUCACUGAACCCCCCCGCUUCCGAGCCGGAACGCCUGCAGGCCCAAGUCAAACAGCUCACUCAACGACUCAAGAGUGCCAGCAGUGAGAUGAGCAAACACACUGCUGCUAACAAGAGCCUGAGGGCUCAGUUAGAUGAAAGAGAUCAGACACUGAAGGAACUGCACGAGAGGAUUGGUGUUUUAGAGAGGGAUGUAACGAUGAAAAGGCAGCUGGUGGAAGAUCUCAGGAGCAGACUAAAGAUAUGCCAGGACUCUGAGAGGAGCCACAAAACAGCGACUGAAGACUUGGAGAAGAAAAUAAAAUCACUCUCUGAUGAGUCAACUAACCGGAAAGCUCUUGUCGACUCUCUCAAGAGAAGAUUGACAGUUGCCACUGCAGAAAAAACUCAGCAGGAGACAAGCAGCCGCAAACUCAAAGAGGAGCUUCAGAAAAAGGAGCAGAGAGUGAGCGUCCUGCAGGCACGGAUAGGCGAGCGUGAUCAGGCCAUGACUGAGUUGGAACAGACGGCGUCUCAACAAAUGCAUGCUUUGACCGAGCAGAGCUCUCAGACUCUGGAAUCUCUGCAGAGAAAACUAACCCUCGCCGAGUCUCAGCUGCGCCAGUUUCACACAUUCAUUCAGGCUCUGGCUAAUGAAUUGGCACAGGAUGUGCAGGACACUAAAGCUCGUUUGAGGAGAAAGAAAAAGAGUACAAAAGAAGGAAACAAAAUGUCCAAGUGCUCACUGGUGAAAGCUGCAUCAAUCCUCAACAUGUCAGAAACAGACCUGGUGGACAUGCUGGAUACAGAUGAGUGUGAGGAGGCGUUUGUGGGUCGUGGGCCAGACACAGAUUGGACUGAACAUGUUCAGCACAUCCUUCAGCAGCAGAUCCCCUCUGCAGGCCUGCUGAUGGACGCCAUGCUGGUGAAGAUGAAGGAGGGCAAAGUGCUGACAGAGGAACUGGCUGCACUUACAGCUGCAGUCAGCAAAAACGCCUGACCAGAGGAAAAAAAAAAGACAGAAAGGGAGCAAGAGACGGUAAUACUUCUGUAAGAUGGAGUGUGCCCUGCAUGGCAGCGGAGACCCCUCGUCUAUGCACAACUCCACCCGUUUCUGCUUCUACCCUCUUGUAGUCCUGUGCCUCACACAAACUACUCUACCGGAAAUGAAAUGGACCAAAGUUCUUAUUGUGAUUACCAUCAAAAAUACAAAAAAAAAUCAUUGAUUUUCUUUGCCUUUUCUUUUUUUAUUUGGCAGAUGAUACAUGACUUGAAAAGCACUUAAUUCACUGAUGGCGCAAACCACUGUUUUAAAUUGAGUACCACGUUUUGGAGAGGUUACUGCUUGUUUGUUUGUUCGUUUAUUUGAUUUGCUAUUUUAGCUCUGUGUAAAUUAUUGUGCGCUUGAUGUUUUGACCUGACUUGCACAUGAAGAAUAUUUUAGACACAUUAGCAUGAAAGCAUAAUCGCACAUCACUAUGUUUCCCCAGCAAUUGUCCCACUUCACACGAUCAAGGCUGAAGUUGCACAAUUAGCAUAGAAGUCUUACUCUUAAGUUCGAAAGUUUUUUUUAAUAAAAGUGUUGAUUCCUGUCACAAAA